AUGGGUUUUACUUUGCUUGGUGAGGAUGUUGCAUAUAGAUGGAUUAGGAUGUUUGCAGGAGGGAGUAGAGGGCGUGUUGGGAAUAGAAGGAUCGAUAGAGGCACAACAGCUCCAGUAGCACCCACUUUUGCAGCACCGGCUAUGGGUGAGGAAAUUGCACACGAGAUAGUAAGGGCAAUGAGGGAUGCCCUAGCUCACAAUGAGGGGGACAACACUCGUACCCUCACGCUUACAAAGGAGUUCUUCCGCUUUAAUCCACUGGAGUUCACAGGAGGGCCUAAUCCAUUAGAGGCCGAUGAUUGGUUGGAACAAGUCACUAAAACUUUGGAGAUGCUAGGCAUUGUGGAUGACAGGCUGAGGGUUGCACUAGUGAGUUUUCGACUGAAAGGAGACGCCGGGUUUUGGUGGAAGUAUGCUAAGACCACUAUAGGCAUUACUUGGGUUGCUUUCACCAAAUCCUUUUUAGCCAAGUAUUUUCCUCCCUCUGAACGGGAAAGAUUGAGGACACAAUUUGUUGAGUUACGCCAAGGCAUAACUCAUUUAGCGCAGUUUGAAGCACAGUUCACUAGUUUGCCUAGAUUUGCUCUAGAGUUUGUGACAACAGAGGACCACCGCUAUAUUGAAUUUGAGAGAAGGUUGUGUAAUGAUAUUCGAGAUAUGGCUGUUGUGAGCAUGUAUAGGAAUUAUUACACACUUGUGGAGGCGACAGCCCAUGUUGAGGCCAUAAUUUUAGGUGUUGGUUGGGAUAUGAAGGAGGCCAUAUCAAUUGUCCCUACUAGAGAGUUUGGAGAAUCAGAGGGUUUUGAUUUCUGGGUUCUCUGUGUUGUUGUUUGGGUUCUGCUGUCGUUGCGGAUGAGGAAUGAUGGCAAGAAACCGCAGGGACUUGUGCCGCGGCCUGGACGGACCAACGGGCUUAUCCCGACUUCGUUUCGUGCUCUCUCCAGUUACUUGAGGAUCGUCUCGUCCGGUGCUUCCACUGUUGCUUCCACUGUGAAGUCGGCAGCAUCGGCUGCUUCGGCCAUUGUGGACAGGGAUAAUAAUGAUGCCAGCCACGAUCAGGUGCUCUGGGCUGGGUUUGACAAGUUAGAAUGCAAGGGGGGCAUCACCAGGCAAGUUCUCUUGCUGGGCUAUCGGUCUGGUUUUCAAGUUUGGGAUGUUGAAGAAGCAGAUAACGUGCGUGACCUUGUUUCCAGACAUGAUGGUCCAGUUUCAUUUAUGCAAAUGUUACCUAAACCAAUAGCAUCAAAGAUAAUUGGCGACAAAUUUGUAGAUAGUCGCCCACUACUGGCUGUUCGCACAGAUGUCCUUUCUGGAGUUCGGGAUACAAUAGCAACUCCAUAUAAUGGGAGCACCUCAAAUUGCCAUGAUCCACUGAAUGGUGGUCUUAUGCCAACUGUUGUUUCGUUUUAUUCCUUGAGAUCUCAAUCUUAUGUACAUGAGCUUAAGUUCAGAUCAGUUGUUUAUUCAGUGAGGUGCAGCACCCGAGUUGUUGCCGUCUUACAAGCAGCUCAGAUACACUGUUUUGAUGCUGCUACGUUAGAGAGGGAGUAUACUCUCCUUACAAAUCCAAUAGUUACUGGGUGUUCUGGAUUUGGAGGUAUAGGCUAUGGACCUCUUGCAGUGGGACCCAGAUGGUUGGCUUACAGUGGAAGUCCAGUUGCAGUUUCAAAUGCUGGGCGUGUCUGUCCACAACAUCUUACCCCGUCUGCAAGUUUUUCUGGUUCUUCUUCAAAUGGGAGCCUCGUUGCACACUAUGCAAAAGAGUCAAGCAAGCAACUUGCUGCUGGGAUUGUGACCCUAGGGGACAUGGGAUAUAAGAAGCUGUCAAGAUACUAUUCUGAGCUCUUACCUGAUAGCAACAAUUCUGCCCAAUCAGGGAGUCCUGGCCUUAAAAUCAAUGGGACUGUCAAUGGCCAUUUUCCAGAUGCAGAAAAUGUUGGAAUGGUCAUUGUCAGAGAUAUUGUCAGUAAAGCUGUUAUCACCCAAUUUAGGGCACAUAAAAGUCCCAUUUCAUCGUUAUGUUUUGAUCCUAGUGGGAUGCUUUUGGUGACGGCUUCAGUUCAUGGCCAUAACAUAAAUGUAUUCCGAAUAAUGCCUGGACCAUUGGGAAGUUCCUCUGGACCAGAUUCUGGUGCAUCUUAUGUACAUCUUUGUAGGCUGCAACGUGGUUUUACAAAUGCAGUUAUAGAGGACAUCUGUUUCAGUGAUGACAGCCACCGGAUUAUGAUAAGUUCCUCAAGAGGGACAAGCCAUCUGUUUGCUGUAUCUCCUUCAGGGGGUUUAGUUAAUUUCCAGUCGUUUGAUGCUUGUUUUACCGAUAAAAAUUGUGGAUCAGGUGUUAUGACUAAGCCUGCUGCUGUACAUUGGCCACCAAAUUCAAGUUCACAGAUGUUUAAUCAACAGAACCUUUGUGCAUCUGGUCCUCCUGUUACCCUUUCUGUUGUUAGCAGAAUAAGGAGUGGAAACAAUGGUUGGAGAAGCACCGUAACUGGUGCUGCGGCCGCUGCAACAGGGAGGAUGAAUUCACUUUCUGGGGCUAUCGCUUCUGCUUUUCACAAUUGCAAGGGCAAUGAUUUACAUGCAGGUGCAAGCUCCUUGAAGGCAAAGUACCAUCUCCUGGUUUUCUCUCCUUCUGGCUGUAUGAUACAAUAUGCGUUGCGGGCAUCUUCUGGGCUUGAUUCUGCCGCAGUUGUGUCUGGAUUAGUUUCGUCUUAUGACUCAGCUCCUGAAAGUGAUGCAAGAUUAUUAGUUGAAGCAAUCCAAACGUGGAAUAUUUGUCAGAAACAGAGUCGAAGAGACAGAGAAGAUAAUAGUGACAUCUAUGGUGAAAAUGGAUAUUCAGACGGCAGUAAAAUAUUUCCUGAAAUAAUAAAAAGGGAAAAUAGUGGCUACCUUGAGGCCAGGAGUUCAGUUGGGAAAGUAAAGAUCAGUCCUGAGGAAAGACAUCAUCUAUUUAUUUUUAUGUUUAAUCAACAGAACCUUUGUGCAUCUGGUCCUCCUGUUACCCUUUCUGUUGUUAGCGGAAUAAGGAGUGGAAACAAUGGUUGGAGAAGCACUGUAACUGGUGCUGCAGCCGCUGCAACAGGAAGGAUGAGUUCACUUUCUGGGGCUAUUGCCUCUGCUUUUCACAAUUGCAAGGGCAAUGAUUUACAUGCAGUUGUGUCUGGAUUAGUUUCGUCUUAUGACUCAGCUCCUGAAAGUGAUGCAAGAUUAUUAGUUGAAGCAAUCCAAACGUGGAAUAUUUGUCAGAAACAGAGUCGAAGAGACAGAGAAGAUAAUAGUGACAUCUAUGGUGAAAAUGGAUAUUCAGACGGCAGUAAAAUAUUUCCUGAAAUAAUAAAAAGGGAAAAUAGUGGCUACCUUGAGGCCAGGAGUUCAGUUGGGAAAGUAAAGAUCAGUCCUGAGGAAAGACAUCAUCUAUUUAUUUUUGUCUCUCUUUCUCUUCAUCAUGUCUGGUUUUAUUCCACCUACACAUCAUUAACUUUAGAAAGUAAGAUUUAA